AUGGCGGCAUUCCUCGAUAGCUCCUAUAGUCUGGUGCACCUUGAUAACACCGCCGACCAGCCAAGUCAGCAAGAUCUCAAGACCCAGCUUGAAAAGGGCAGUGACGAGAGCAAAAUAGACACGAUGCGGAGGAUAUUGACAAUAAUGCUGAAUGGUGAUCCGAUGCCCAACCUUUUGAUGCACAUCAUUCGCUUUGUCAUGCCGUCCAAGAGCAAGCCGCUGAAGAAGUUACUGUACUUCUACUAUGAGAUAUGUCCCAAGCUGGAUGCGAAUGGAAAGUUGAAGCAAGAGAUGAUCUUGGUGUGUAAUGGUAUCCGAAAUGAUCUCCAGCAUCCCAACGAGUUCGUUCGAGGAAAUACGCUACGGUUCCUUUCCAAGCUGCGAGAGCCUGAACUGAUCGAGCCACUCCUCUCUGCCGCUCAGACAUGCCUCGACUACAGACACGCAUAUGUGAGAAAGAACGCGGUGUGGGCACUAGCUUCCGUGUAUCAGCAUGCCCAGCACCUUAUCCCUGACGCACCCGAAAUGCUCUACACUUUCCUGACUGCAGAGACCGAUACAACAUGCAAAAGAAAUGCCUUUGCUGCUUUGAUGAGCAUAAGCCAUGAGAAAGCUUUGGAUUAUCUUACUGGUAUUCUGGAUGGCAUUCCCAAUGCCGACGAGUUGCUACAAUUGGUUGAGCUCGAGUUCAUCCGGAAAGACGCGGUGCACAAUCAAGCAAACAAAGCCCGAUAUCUACGCCUGAUCUUCGAUUUGCUGGAAGCCAGUACCAGCACGGUGGUUUACGAAGCUGCUACUACCCUUACGUCUCUCACAAGCAAUCCGGUGGCAGUGAAGGCCGCGGCAAGCAAGCUGAUCGAACUCAGUAUCAAGGAGGCCGACAACAACGUCAAACUUAUUGUGCUCGACCGAGUCGAGCAACUCAGAAGAAGACACGAAGGUGUGCUUGAUGAUCUAGCCAUGGAAAUACUGCGCGUCUUGUCCAGCCCCGAUCUUGAUGUUCGACGGAAGGCCUUGAGCAUCGCUUUGGAGAUGGUGUCGAGCAAGAACGUGCAAGAAAUUGUCAUGCUACUAAAGAAGGAGCUCAGUAAGACCGUGGUGGAACAAUACGAGAAGAACACCGAAUACCGACAAUUAUUGAUCCAGUCCAUCCACCACUGUGCCAUCAAAUUCUCCGAGAUUGCCGCCAGUGUGGUCGAUGUGUUGAUGGAUUUCAUUGCGGAUUUCAACAACAGCUCCGCUGUGGAAGUCAUCUCAUUCGUCAAGGAAGUGGUUGAGAAGUUCCCCAAGCUCAGAUCGUCAAUCGUCGAAAAACUCGUGUCGACACUUGGUGAAGUUCGGGCCGGCAAGGUGUAUCGUGGCUCGUUGUGGGUGAUUGGCGAGUAUUCUCUCCAAGAAAAUGAUAUCAAGGAGGCCUGGAAACGGAUUCGGGCAAGUCUCGGAGAGAUACCCAUCCUCGCAUCGGAGCAGCGCUUACUAGACGAGCAAUCCAACGAGGAUGGGGAAGUCAAGGAACAAGUCAACGGUCAUGCCACCAAAGUAGCGUCGACUGGCUCCAGAAAAGUGCUCGCAGACGGUACAUAUGCAACGGAAACUGCGAUGACCAGCGACUCGGCAGCAAAUGCUCGGUUAGAAGCAGUCAAGGCUGCACAGAAACCACCGCUGAGACAACUCAUCCUGGAUGGUGAUUGGUAUUUAUCCACGGUCCUUUCAUCCACUCUCACCAAGCUCGUAAUGCGACAUUCUGAAAUCUCUUCAGAUCAGGCACGUACCAAUGCUCUGCGUGCCGAGGCUAUGCUUAUUAUGAUCUCAAUCAUCCGGGUUGGACAGUCGCAAUUUGUGAAGGCGCCCAUUGAUGAGGACUCCGUUGAUCGUAUCAUGUCGUGCGUAAGGGCAUUGGCGGAGUUCACAGAGCGCAGAGAGCUGGAAACAUCGUUUCUGGACGAUACACGAGAUGCCUUCCGAGCGAUGGUGCAGGCCGAGGAAAAGAAACGCGCUGCCAAAGAAGCGGUGGAGAAGGCGAAGACGGCAGUCCAGGUCGAUGAUGUUUUCUCCAUACGGCAAUUGGCUAAAAAGAGUGCAGCUGAUGGGAUAGACGAGAUUGAUCUUGACCUUGAGAAGGCCACUGGCGGCGAUGCCUCCUUCGAGGACCUGUCGUCUAAGCUCAGUCGUGUGGUACAACUCACAGGCUUCUCCGAUCCAGUCUACGCCGAGGCGUAUGUCAAGGUGCACCAAUUCGAUAUCAUCCUUGACGUGCUGCUUGUCAACCAGACAAAUGAGACGCUCCAAAAUCUGUCGGUCGAGUUUGCAACAUUGGGCGAUCUCAAAGUCGUGGAAAGACCGACUACCCACAACCUCGGGCCACAGGAUUUCCUCAAUGUGCAGUCCACGAUCAAAGUGUCAAGCACUGACACUGGCGUGAUCUUCGGCAACGUCGUCUACGAUUCGCCUUCCGGGACAGAUACUCAUGUGGUCAUCUUGAACGACGUCCACGCCGAUAUUAUGGACUAUAUUCAGCCGGCGACUUGUUCCGAGUCAGCCUUCAGGACCAUGUGGACCGAAUUUGAGUGGGAGAACAAGGUCAACAUCAACAGCAAGAGUACGAACAAGACACUCCGCGAGUUUUUGGAGCAGUUGAUGAAGAGCACCAACAUGACCUGUCUGACUCCGGAAGCUGCCUUGCAAGGCGAUUGUCAAUUCCUCAGCGCAAAUCUGUAUGCACGCAGUGUUUUCGGCGAGGAUGCAUUGGCGAAUUUGAGUAUAGAAAAGACGGCAGACAACUCGAUAGUGGGAUUCAUCCGGAUCCGCUCACGUUCACAGGGCCUGGCGUUGAGUUUGGGGUCAUUGAAGGGCUUAAAAGCGGGCACAUACUAG